AUGCUGUCUCUGGACGUGACAGCUGUGUCCGGUGGGCUAGCCGCACGAGCAGCGAUCAACACAACACAGUACACUUCACAAAAGGGCAGCAAUAAGGAGUACAGUCUACUGUCCCCAAACCACGCGUCCGUGCAACAACGGACCACCAGUCAAUCUGACUACAGCAGCAACAACAGCAGCAGCAACAACAGUAGCAGCAAGAACAGCAGCAGCAAGAUGCCGAAAUACCACAACGACAUCCACGCGGACAAGGCAAGCCUGAUGGAGAAACUCCGCGAGCACUACCAGACAGGCUACAGCACAGCCGGCGGUACCUCUAAAUAUGGCUUCCGGGUCCUCUUCCAGUUCCAGGUCAUCACGCAGCUCUACACGACCCUGAACCUGAUCAUCCCCUUCCUCUUCUCUGACCUCCACCCGGACACCCAGUAUUACCUCAAGGUCUUGACUUGCUACGUUUUCGCCAUGGGCGAGGCUAACUGGGUUUGUGCCAUCUGCUACUCGUGCGAGCUUCCAGAUUUUCGAGACAGACCAGACCCGGAUUUUGGAAUUUGGUCCCAAUCUCCGCCGAGAGACGCGAUUCUUCAGAACGGGAACCUAGCCACGCUCUUACCGCACAAAGACCGAAACGGUUUAGAGUGGAAGUACUGUACUCGCUGUCAGCGGUACAAGCCGCCCCGCGCUCACCACUGCAAGAUGUGUGGCACGUGCAUUCUGAGGCGAGACCACCACUGCUACCUCAUCGGCACGUGCAUCGGACACUUCAACCAGCGCUACUUCAUUGCCCUCCUCUUCUACGGCGUUAUCGCCUCCGUAGCGGGCUCGAUUCUAAGUAUCCGAUACCUAUCCUACCUCCCGGACGCCGGCGGCUGGUACGAUUACAUCUUCCCCGUGACCUUGUUCCAGUUCUGCGCGGGAAACGUGAGCUGGCAGUUCUGUUUGCUGGCUUUCCAUGUGUUCAUGCUGACCAUAUUUGGCUCCAUGGCGGCUCUCUAUUUCACCGGUCAGAUCCUACUGGUGAGCUCGGGCUUCACGCUGUACGAGAUCGCCAAACAGGUGGACGUGAAAGUGUCCAGCACCUACUGGGAGAACCUACGUCUGGUCUUUGGCGACUACUGGGCGCUCAGCUUCCUCUUCCCCUCCCAGAUUUUGUUCAAGCAGAGGAAUGACGGGACCAGUUUUGAGGGUGUCCGGAUUGGGUCGGGGAAGUUAAGCACAGAAUGAAGGAACCACAGCUCUUGGUUUAUCUUUUAUUUUUAAAAAAUAAAAAUAUAUUUAUUGGUA